AUGUCGACAACACAAGGCGCCGCGGCGCCCGUCAGGAUCUCGACGGCUGAGUCCUUCACCGUCGGCGCACUCGCUGCCAUGACUGCCGUGACCGUCACGAAUCCCAUGGAGGUCUGCAAGACGAGGAUGCAGCUCCAGGGCGAGCUGAUGGCCGCCGCCCCAAGAGUCCUCUCGGCGCAGGCGGGCUCAGCAGCGCCCCAGACGGGCGCCGCCCAGGCCGCUGGCGCACGGCUCUACAAGUCGUCGCUCGACUGCUUUGCCAAGACGUUCAAGGCCGAGGGCGUCCGCGGCGUCCAGCGCGGCAUCGGCGCGGCCUACAUCUACCAGGUCCUGCUCAACGGCAGCCGCCUUGGCUUCUACGAGCCCUUCCGGAGAGCCAUCAACCGCGCCUCGGGGAGGUCGGCCGACGAAAAGUGGGCGCCCGGUGCCUUCGCUGCCGGUGCCAGCAGCGGCUGCGUGGGUGCCAUCCUCGGCAACCCGCUCUUUCUAAUCAAGGCGCGGAUGCAGGCCUACAGCCCCUUUAUGGUGAUUGGCAAAGCGUCGCACAACUACAAGAGCACGUUUGAUGGCCUGGCGACCAUCUUUCGCGCCGAGGGGCCCCGCGGGUUGGCGCGCGGCAUCGACGCCGCGGUGCUGCGGACGGCCAUGGGCAGCACGGUGCAGCUGCCGGCGUACAACUGGUUCAAGCAGUACCUCACCGAGAUGGACGUCGACUCGCCGGCCAACCGGUACAACCCGCUGCGCGUGCUCGCGGGCCGGCCAGACGCCUUCACCACGUACCUCGCCUCUUCCGUCUUCAGCGGCCUGUGCGUGUGCGCCGUCAUGCAGCCGGCAGACACGGCACUGACCCGGAUGUACAACCAGCCGGUCCGCAUCGAUGAGCGCGGACGGAGCGUCGGGACGCUGUACCGCAACCCGAUCCACUGCCUGUACCUGACGGCCAAGGCCGAGGGAGUGCUGGGCUGGUACAAGGGCACGACGGCGCACCUCCUGCGCAUCGCCCCGCACACGGUCCUCACGCUGGUGGUCAACGAAGCCUACCUGCGGUGGUACACGAACCUCAAGGCCGGCAGAUCAGUGUUUGAGGCGCCCUCGACGGUCAAGCUGGCAUGA